GUGCCAAGGACACAGCGGAACACCGUUCAGUGGGAAGAGCCGAUGACGUCGGCUCUGUCAUGUGAUCAGCUGUGUCCAAUCACAGCUGAUAGCAUUGUAGCCCCAUCAGUGCCACCUGUCAGUGUCCAUUAGUGCCCAGCAGUGCCACAUCAAUGCCACAUAUCAGUGCCUACCAGUGUACAUCAAUGCCACAUAUCAGUGCACAUCUGAGCUGCCUUUCAGUGCGGCCUAUCAGUGCUGUCAAUCAGUGCCACCUAUCAGUGCCAGUCAGUGCCACCUAUCAGUGUGCAUCAGCGCUGCCUAUCAGUGACCAUCAGCGCUGCCUAUCAGUGCCCAUCAGUGCCACCUAUCAGUGCCAUAUAUGAGUGCUACCUUUCAGUGCCCAUCAGUGAUGCCUGUCAAUGCCCAUCAGUGUCACCUACUAG